AUGGCGAUACCGGAUAAAUCAAAUUGGGGAGAAGCAUCAUUAGCAAGAGCGAUGUAUGCUUAUUUAUCCUCUGGAGAAAAUCAAUUGAGUUUUUUGGAAGGUGAUAUUAUUGUUUUAUUAGGGGAUCGUAAUAAGGGAUGGCAAUUUGGUGAAAAUUUAAGAACUCAAUGCAGCGGAUGGUUUCCAUUGGCAUAUACGGAAGUCAUAGCAGAAGAUCCGACAUUAAAUAAUUCACCGGUCGAAAGAAAAGUUGAAACCGUUACGAAUAAUAGCACGACAGGAACCCUCGGGGGAAACAGCAGCAGACAUGGCGGAAAUACAAACAAACCCUCACCGACGACAAUGUUUGGUGAUACUCUCCUUCAUAGAAAAAUGACAAAACAGAGUGGACCGAAAAUGCCAAUCGUAACGAGUUUGGGUCCCCCACCAUCUCUUCCAGCUCCCAUUCCGGAACUACAUCAAAGAAUAACCCGAUCCAUAACGACAACUGCAAUGGUUCAUCCUCCCCAACCGAUUGUCAGUCCAAGAAACGAUGCUGCAACACUGCCAAAUAAAAGAGGAGGAAAUAAUCAUCCUCCUUCGAUGCCUUCUUUGCCUCUUCAUUUGAGUAACAAACGUGCUAAUGGAGCUCCCGGUAGUUUACAUUCAAGCAACGAUAGCGGUUUUAGUAAUGAUCCACCACCUCAACCGGAAGUUGAUUAUUCCGAUGAUGAUUCAUCAAGAGCUCCACAAAAUACUCUUAGCGAUGCAACUUUAAGAGCACCAACGGAAGCUAAAAAGAAAGAAUUAUUGUCUUCGGUACGUGGAUGGCUUUUAUAUAAAUCAGCACUUGACCUUUGGGAUGACGUAAGCGAUCAAAACACAUUGAAAAAUUCAACGGUCACGCGUACGUUAUCAACAAGGCAAUCCUCCUCCAACAACCACAACGGAAAUGGAAAUACAAACGUGAGUCAAAAUGAUCCGGUUGGAACUUUGGGAAGAUUCGGAAGUAGCGACAUGUUGAAACCGACGCCCAUAGCCGUAGAUAAAGCAUCAUCGCAAUUAAAUAAUAGAAUAACAGUUAAAAGAACGAAAUCCCUUUGGAAAUUCAAAAGAUCCCACAAAAAUGAAAUAUUAGAAGGGAUGUCCUUGUGGAAGCACAGGAGUUUAAUCGACGUGCGAAAUCCGGAUUCGAAAGAAAAUCAAAAUCAGUCCGAUCAAAUGUCAACGAACGAGGAAAAAACAGAAAACAUAUACGCAUCCGCGGAAAAUCUUCUCAUCAAAGAUAAUACUAAUCAAAAAUCCAUAGAUAAAAUAAACAAUGAAAAAAACACGAGGAAAAAUGUUAAAAACGAAAGCGGCAAAGAUCAGGAAGAUUAUUAUUCUGAUGACACGACGAUUUUAGACGACGAUUCGGAUUCGGUCAUAGUCGUGAACGACCAUAUAAAUUUAACGACGAAAAGAAAAAAUCGUACAAAAUAUGUCGAAAUAUCGAAUCGUUCCAAUAUGUCGAAAUCUGGAACUCUUAGAGAUAACGGUGAUAAAUACAACGAAAUGUCGUCCAACAGUCGUUCGGAUUUAUCGGAACAAACGGAAACGGAAACGAUCGGAAAGGAAAGUUUUUUACCCCGUAUGAAAUUAAUCAAAUCAAGUUCAAACGAUAUAUCGAAUAAUCAUUUUAUCGAAAGAGAUUUAUCUAAUAGGAAACCCUAUUCGACGUGGAAUCCGAAUUUGAAAAUAAAAGAAAGUAAAAAAUGGCGGGAAAACGAUGGGAAAACGACAAAUUUUUACAGGGAAAAAUCAAAUAACAAAUUAAAAGAUGCACCCAAAUUAAUUAAAGAUCAAUUGAGAGUGAACGAAAGCAAAACUAAAUGCGGUCCAUGGUAUGAUUUAUGGGGAGUCGAUUCUUCCGUUAAAUCGUAA